AUGGCUCCGCAUUAUCGCGCCAACUCCACCGUCCGAUUCCGCUCCGAUUUAGCUGUCGCCGCCUCGAGUCCCUCUCGAAGCGCCCUCGCCUCCAGACGACCGCUCCGCGCACCGCUGGCGCUGGCCCUCGGCGCGCUUCACUCCCUCGAUCUUCACUCCCUCGCUCUCCUCUGCCUCGCGCUGCUCGCCGUCUCCCCUCUCGCCUCCGCUCGCUCCCUCGACAAUACACCGCCAGCUGCGGUCCCCCCUCCACCCCCUCCCUCGGGCGGCUACGACUACACGUGUCUCCGCGGUCCCCCCUCCGCCCCCUCCCUCCCCUCCCUCGGGCGGCUACGACUACACGUGUCUGUGGAAGGACGUUUCGAAUCCUCACCUCUCCUCACCAUUCUCCUCCGUUCAUCUGUUGCCCCUUCCCCAGCUGCGGUCCCCCCUCCGCCCCCACCCUCCCCUCCCUCUGGGGGCUACGACUACACGUGUCUGUGGAAGGACGUUUCAAAGACCAACUGCAGCGACAAGAGCAUCGGGCCGUGGGGCAUCCUCUCGGGGCCGCCGGGAUCAUGA